AUGAGUACUCCAACAGAGUGGUACCGAGAUCAAUAUCUCAUUUCAAUCUCUCCAUCGCUCCUUCAACCCGCCGCUGUCAAUGAAGCAUUCAAAAGCGACAGCAUAUACUGGGCAAAGCCGAUAGGAGAGCCAUUGGUCAAAAAGAUGCUUGAGAAAUCACUCUGCUUCGGACUCUACGAAUUACCUAGCUCCACAUCCAGUAUUGCCGGAAAGAACGGCCCGCGUCAGAUCGGACUUGCUAGACUCAUCACAGAUGAAGUCUCCUUUGCUUAUUUGACCGAUGUAUAUGUUCUAGAUGAGUUCCAAGGAAAGGGUCUAGGUACCUGGUUGAUUGAGUGUGUUGAAGCUCAUGUCAUGAAGUGGCCGGAAUUGAGACGGAUCAUGCUCAUUACGAGUCAUACAAACAAGCUUUAUGAGGAAAAGUUGGGCGUGAAACCGUUCCCGCAAGGCGUGAAUAAUGAGAUGAGCGUCUUCUCAAGAGCAGGCUUAGGCUCCGUGUUGCCGCACUGA